GGCCCGACUGGGCCCGAAGCGGACGUGAGCAGAGUCGGACCAAGAUGGCGGUGCAGGUGGUGCAGGCGGUGCAGGCGGUUCAUCUCGAGUCGGAUGCUUUCCUAGUUUGUCUCAACCAUGCUCUGAGCACAGAGAAGGAGGAGGUGAUGGGGCUGUGUAUAGGGGAGUUGAAUGAUGACACAAGGAGUGACUCCAAAUUUACAUAUACUGGAACUGAAAUGCGCACAGUUGCUGAAAAGGUUGACACCGUCAGAAUUAUUCACAUUCAUUCUGUCAUCAUCUUGCGACGUUCUGAUAAGAGGAAGGAUCGAGUGGAAAUUUCUCCAGAGCAGCUGUCUGCAGCCUCAACAGAGGCAGAGAGGUUGGCUGAACUAACAGGUCGCCCCAUGAGAGUUGUGGGCUGGUAUCAUUCCCACCCUCACAUAACUGUUUGGCCUUCACAUGUUGAUGUUCGUACACAAGCCAUGUACCAGAUGAUGGAUCAAGGCUUUGUAGGACUUAUUUUUUCCUGUUUCAUAGAAGAUAAAAACACAAAGACUGGUCGGGUACUCUACACUUGCUUUCAAUCCAUACAGGCCCAAAAGAGCUCUGAGUCCCCUCAUGGUCCACGAGACUUCUGGAGCUCCAGCCAGCACAUUUCCAUUGAGGGACAGAAGGAGGAGGAAAGGUAUGAGAGAAUUGAAAUCCCAAUCCAUAUUGUGCCUCAUGUAACCAUUGGGAAAGUGUGCCUUGAAUCAGCAGUUGAGCUGCCCAAGAUCUUGUGCCAAGAGGAGCAGGAUGCAUAUAGAAGGAUCCACAGCCUCACACAUCUGGACUCAGUGACCAAGAUCCAUAAUGGCUCAGUGUUUACCAAGAAUCUGUGCAGUCAGAUGUCAGCAGUCAGUGGGCCUCUCCUACAGUGGUUGGAGGACAGACUGGAGCAAAACCAACAGCAUUUGCAGGAGCUGCAACAGGAAAAGGAAGAGCUUAUGCAAGAACUUUCUUCUCUAGAAUAAAGCAGGAGACAAAAUGGGGAAAGAUGAAAAUAUCCAGGUAUAAAAUUAAUUAAGCUAAAUCAAUUUUGAAGAAGAAAAAGUUGGAGGAUUCACCUUACCUGACUUCAAGGUUUACUAUAAAGCUACAUAAUCAAGAUGGUAUGGUAUACGCACAACUGAUUUUGACAAAGGUGCAAAAGCAAUUCAGUGAAGGAGGGAUAGUCUUUUCAACAAAUGAUGCUGGAGCAAUUGAACACCCAUAGGCAAAAAAAUGAACUUUGACCUAAACUGCAUCCUUCAUACAAAAAUUAACUCAAAAUGUAUCAUGUACUUAGAUGUAAGACAUAAAACUGUAGAACUUUUAGAAAAAAAAUUAUAGAAAAAUCUUCAGGAUCUUGAGCUAGGCAACAAGUUUUUGGCCUUCACACCAAAAGCACAAUCCUAAAAGGAAGAAGUUGAUAUACUGGACUUCAUCAAAAUGAAAAACUUGCUUUGCAAAAUAUUUAAGAGGAGGAAGUUAUUGAGAGAAAUUAUUUGCAAACCAUAUAUCUGAUCAAUCUAGAAUAUAUAAAGUCAACAGUAAAAA